UUUAGUGGUGACUCACGCGCCAAGACUUUGACUAAUGGGUCGUUAAUCCUUGUCCCAUUCAUCGCACGCCAAGAGCCCACUGGCUACAUCUUAUAAGAGUCUGAGGAACCACACCAUAUCCGAGCCUCAAGCUCACACACACACGCACACUAACACUAACACUGACAGAAAUGGUUCACUCCUAUCUCCUCCUCCUAGUGUUCCUCUCUUUCAUCUCCAGCUCGCCAUCCAUGUCGCAGACCAACUCCAGCGACUAUGAGACACUCCUAACUGUCAAGAAAGCCUGGGGCAGCCCUUCUGCUCUCAGCUCAUGGAUUUCCCAGAACUCUUCCUACUGCAGCUGGGCAGGGGUAAGCUGCAACAAUGGCCGAGUGACCAAGCUCUCCUUUCAAAAUUUCAACAUAAUCAAUCCGAUCCCAGCUUCCAUUUGUAGCCUCAAGAACCUGUCCUACCUAGACCUUUCCUACAACAACCUCACCGACCAGUUCCCGACGGUGCUCUAUGGCUGCUCGGCUCUGAGCUACCUCGACCUGUCCAACAAUCUCUUCUCCGGUGCCCUCCCGGCCGACAUCGAUAAAUUGUCGUCGGAGAUGGAGCACCUCAACUUGUCGUUCAAUGGCUUCACAGGAAGCGUGCCAUCAGCAAUUGCUGUCUUCCCCAAGCUCAAGUCCCUUGUUCUUGACACUAAUAGCUUCAACGGGACAUACCCGGCCUCGGCCAUUGCAGAGCUCAACGAGCUCGAGACGCUAACUCUAGCAGAUAAUCAUUUCGCGCCAGGCCUGAUCCCUGAUGAGUUCAGCAAGCUUACCAAUCUGAAGACGCUGUGGCUGUCAGGGAUGAGCCUUACUGGUGGCAUCCCCGACAAACUCUCGUCGCUCACUGAGCUGACCAUGUUGGCUCUGUACAGCAACAAGCUUCACGGUGAAAUCCCGGCAUGGGUUUGGAAGCUUCCGAAGCUUGAGUUCCUGUACCUUUACGCGAACAGCUUCACCGGUGGGAUUGAGCCCGAGGUCACGUGCUUCAAAUUGCAGCAGCUCGACCUGUCUUCGAACUUGCUCACCGGAACGAUACCGGAGGCGAUCGGCAAGAUGAAGAACUUGACAAUGCUCUAUUUAUACUACAACAACCUCACCGGGUCGAUUCCUCCGAGCAUCGGGCUGCUCCCCAACCUCGCUGAGAUCUGGCUAUUCAAUAACAUGCUCUCCGGACCCCUCCCGCCGGAGCUCGGGAAGCACUCGCCACUCGGCAGCCUGGAAGUGGGCAACAACUUGCUCUCCGGCAAGCUUCCAGACACCCUCUGCUACAACAAGAAGCUGUACGACCUCGUGGUGUCCAACAACAGCUUCUCCGGCGUGUUGCCGGCGAACAUUGGGGAUUGCCACACACUGGACAACAUCAUGGCGUACAACAACAACUUCACCGGGGAGUUCCCAGAGAAGGUAUGGGCGUUACCUAUGCUGACCAUUGUCAUGAUACAGAACAACGGCUUCACCGGCACUCUGCCCUGUGUGAUAUCCCCCAACAUGAUACGGAUUCAGAUGGGGAACAAUCUGUUCUCCGGUGCCGUGUGUUAGAGAUAUAAUGUUUUGUAAUCUUGUAUACCACGAGAUAAGCUUUGGCCGGUGUUGUAGUCUAUCUAGGAGAUAGAGUUUGUUGUAAUCAGAAUUGAAGAGAUUUUGUAUAGUUUGCUUAGAGAUCAAGGCAUAUCUCUAGGUGUCUAUAUAUUGUAAAGCUCCCUAUGCAAUUACACAUCUUCAAUCAACACGCAACCGUCGCACCCAAGGAUCAGGGUUGAUAUUCUCCCACGCUUUAACGCCUCUGAAACUUUACAUGGUAAUCAGAGCUUAAGAUUGAUUCCAUGGCAUCCAGUUCAAGCACCUCCAACCCACUGCUUGGCGUUCAGAUCACCGAGAAGCUUGCCAAGACCAACCACGUGCUUUGGAAGGUGGAGGUGCUCACCGCUAUACGUGGUGCGCGUAUGGAGGGUCAUGUCACCAGCAAGGCCGUCGCUCCAGUUGCUGUGAUCAACAAGAAGAAGGCCGACAACACUAUCGUUGCUACGCCAAAUCCGACGUACGAGGAGUGGUAUGCCUGGGACCAAUAGGUCCUAGGGCUGAUCUUCUCAUCGGUGGGGAAGGACAUCCUCGCCUAGA